GCGCGGAGACACAACUUCCGGAGGGAGGCGGAAGAGCCUCUCGGCUCUGAGCUCGGGAGUCCCGGGACGGCGGAGGGGCCACCCGGGGUACAGCGAAGGGCCGCCGGGGCGGGCCAGCAGCGCUCGGGGUGUCGGGGCCGCAGGUCUGAGGGAUGAAGAGCGGCCAUGGCCAGCGACGGGGCCAGGAAGCAGUUCUGGAAGCGCAGCACCAGCAAGGUCCCGGGCAGCAUCCAGCACGUGUAUGGCGCCCAGCACCCCCCUUUUGAUCCACUGUUACAUGGCACCUUGCUCAAGGCCACGCCCAAGGCGCCGACCACACCGGUGAAGGCCAAGCGAGGCAGCACCUUCCAGGAGUUUGAGAGCAACACCAGCGACGCCUGGGACGCCGGCGAGGACGACGACGAGCUGCUGGCCAUGGCGGCCGAGAGCCUGAACAGCGCGGUGGUCAUGGAGACGGCCCGCCGCGUGCUGCGCGACCACAGCCAGCGGCAGGAGCGGCACCAGCGGCAGGACGAGCCCUCGGCACAGCCCCCUCCCGUCUCCGGCGGUGACCUCCGGCUGGUGAAGUCCGUCAGCGAGAGCCACACGGCCUGUCCUGCAGAAAGUGCCAGCAACACGGUCCCUCUGCAGAGGUCCCAGUCUCUCCCACACUCGGCGACUGUCGCACUGGGAGGGACAUCGGACCCCAGCACCCUCAGCAGCUCAGCGUUAAGUGAAAGAGAGGCCUCCCGGCUCGACAAGUUCAAGCAGCUCCUCGCCGGGCCCAACACAGACCUGGAGGAAUUACGGAAGUUGAGCUGGUCCGGAAUCCCCAAGCCAGUCCGUCCCAUUACGUGGAAGCUCCUCUCAGGUUACCUUCCUGCCAAUGUUGACCGAAGACCAGCUACUCUCCAAAGAAAACAAAAGGAGUAUUUUGCUUUUAUUGAGCACUAUUAUGACUCUAGGAAUGAUGAAGUCCACCAGGACACGUACAGACAGAUCCACAUAGACAUCCCGCGAAUGACUCCAGAGGCCUUAAUACUUCAACCCAAGGUGACGGAGAUUUUUGAAAGGAUAUUGUUUAUAUGGGCGAUCCGUCACCCCGCCAGUGGAUAUGUGCAGGGGAUAAAUGACCUGGUCACUCCUUUCUUUGUCGUCUUCAUUUGCGAACACAUAGAGGACGACGACGUGGACGCUGCCGACGUCUCGCGCGUGCCCGCAGAGGUGCUGUGCAACGUGGAGGCCGACACGUACUGGUGCAUGAGCAAACUGCUGGACGGCAUUCAGGACAACUACACCUUCGCCCAGCCUGGGAUUCAGAUGAAGGUGAAAAUGCUGGAAGAGCUUGUGAGCCGGAUUGACGAGCAAGUCCACCGGCACCUGGACCAGCACGAGGUGAGGUACCUACAGUUCGCCUUCCGCUGGAUGAACAACCUGCUGAUGAGGGAGGUGCCCCUCCGUUGCACCAUCCGCUUGUGGGACACCUACCAGUCCGAGCCUGAGGGCUUUUCCCAUUUCCAUCUGUACGUCUGCGCUGCAUUUCUUGUCAGAUGGAGGAAAGAAAUCCUAGAAGAAAGAGAUUUUCAAGAGCUGCUGCUCUUCCUGCAGAACCUGCCCACGGCCCACUGGGGGGACGGGGACAUCAGCCUGCUGCUGGCCGAGGCCUACCGCCUGAAAUUUGCCUUUGCCGACGCCCCCAAUCACUACAAGAAGUGAGUGUGGGGCCCUCGCAGGCAGCAGGCCACCGCCCCGGGGCAGGCCUGCGGCCAAGGAGAGUCUUGCUGGACAGCCCGUCCUCCAGGAAGCGUGCAGGACAGUGCCAGGCGCGGCACAGGGCCUGGCGAAGGUGGGGCUGCAUCUGUUUUCUGAGAUACCAAAGAAAGCCAUGGAGUCCCGGCUGCUUGGGGGCCAGCGAGGGACAGGUCCUCCCCCGUCCUGGAGUGUCCUUGCCAAAUGACCACCUCCUGCAGCGCCCAGCCGGCGGCCGCCUGGGAGGCAGACCCUCCUGGAGAGGCCUGCUGGUGGGGCCGGGGCACGGAGGUGGUAGCCAUCUGUACCUACUUUGAAAUGCAAAAGUUCUAUUCUGUUGAGUGAAAGAGAAUAAAAUAAAGACAAAGUAGCCAGGAGACGCACUAGCCCAGGGAUCUGCUCCCACAGGCUUCGCACAGCAGCGGCACUUCCGUAACCAUUUGGCACUUUAACUUCGCUUUGCACUUUCUUGCGUUAAGCGGGGCUGGAAGCGACCGGCUCCUCCGUGCGCUGGGCCGGGCGGCUGGGGCGCUGGGAGCAGCGAGGCCUCCAGCCGCCCCCUUUCCCCCUCGAGCCUCGUAAAGGAGAAACCAGGCCUGCUGGCCCGCCUCAGGUAACCCACGGGCAGGAGGUGAGAAGGAGCCCAGGCUCAGGCCGCAGGGCUGCCGCUCAGACGGAUGGACAGACGGGGUUCAGCCUCUGCAGUGGCAGCCGUGGGCCAGCUGUGCUCCCCCCAGUGUCAGGGCUGGGACACUGAGCUGCUGAGGCUCACAUGGCCCUGCCCCCCUUCCAGGUCCACAGUGUGUUGGGAGACUCGAUGGCUUCCUGCUGUUUUUUGGGGCACUGGGGCAGCGAGCCCAAGUGCAGAAGGCCCCAGACGGGCCCUGUCUGGGGCUCUGCUGGGACCAGCCUUCACACACGCUCCCACCAGCGCAGAGAAGCACCUGUCACGGGCGUGUGGCCCGUGCUGACAUGACCACCAGUGGGGCCCAGGACAGCCUUCGUCCUCAGUAUCCCCUUCUGCUCGCAGACUCCCUGUUUACCACGCGUCUUCCCCUCCACGUGCUGGUCCUGGAGGAGCCUCGCCACCGGCCUGUCUGCACAGCUCAGGCGCGAGGACGCUGCUGGGAUGUCGCAAAGCAGAGGAUAGGGACACACGUGUGAUGUGUGUGCCAUUUUUAUUCAAAAGAUCCUGAGGUCAUUACACAUGGCAUGGAAAUCAGCACAAAAUACUGUGCAAAUGUCACAUGCUCCCAAGUCAGCAGAGGGACCUGCUUGCCUCAGACCAGAUGGAGGGCGCACCUCUACCCUGGGGCCAGGGUUCCCGGAAGGGCCGCCGAGGCAGGAGCCCCCAUGCUCAGCCGAGAUCCACCGUGAUCUGCCCGUUGCCACAGUCCCGAUCCCUGCGUGGCCAGAAUGUUGGGGACACGCAGGCCCUGCCCCGUGAGGCGGUUUGUUUUCAGAGGAAGGAAGGAUCUACGGAGUUAAGUGAGAUUCUGCGUAUAUUUUCCUGUGGAUGUAAACCUGACACUGACUGCGCGGUGUCACGAGUGUCCUCGGAGUGUGAGCAGAUGGGUGUGGAAUGAUUGCAGGGCGUUCUGUCUGGGGCGCCGUGUGCCCAACGGGGAAUAAAGAUGCAGUGGACCCCGCC